AUGGGACAUUUACUUGCAACACAAACGACGACAACAACAACUGCAGUACCAGUUUUUCUGUUAAAUCCUGGAGGAGAGUCUGGUACUUUAAGUCCAUGGAGUUCUAGCAGCAGUUCUUCGCCCAUACUUGAUAGUGGAACAGCCAACGCUGGUAGUACUCCUCCGUACAAUGGUUCCUAUGAUUUUUAUGGAGAAUUUGGUGGAUCUUUGAGUCAACAAGUAUCUUUAACAAGCAUAUUUUCAACUGCACAACUUGAUUCAGGUGCAUUUUCUGCUAAUAAUGUACGGUCAUAUGAAGAAUUUAAUGAACAAUCGAUCAAGUAUAUGGAUGUUGAAAAUGAAAUUAUUGAAGAUGCUAAAAAAGAAAAGAGAUCACAAGUUGAACAAGAUGAUAAUCGUAUUGUUUGCUUAAAAUAUGAUGUUCAUUAUAAUAAGCUUGAUGAACAGAAACAACGACUAAUAAGACAUGAAAGUCAUCGUAGCAGUAACACCCACCUAGGAGAACAUCGAUUUUUACUACCUAUAGCAUUGUCGUCGAUACCAUCUUCUACGACCGAUACUGAAGACUACUUUAUUCGUCUCAUUGAAUCAAUCGAUGGUUCUGAUUUUCUUCGAACCCAUUUUAAUUAUGAAUUAAAAGGAUUAAUAAAAAUGCAUGCUGAUAUUAUUGAAGAAGCUGCUAAUGGAAUUUUAAGAGAAGAUACCACUCUUAAUAAGAUAUAUGAAGCAAAAAGUGAACAUGAACACUUACAUCCUGUUAGACCGUUUGCACUUGUUAAUAGUAUUAAAGAAGACACUUGUUCUAUUAGACUUUCAAAUGAAAAUGGUCAGACAUGUGUCUUCCUAUGUGAAAAGAAUGUUUUUGGUGCAAACUAA